UGCGAAGAUGAAGCUGACUCUGCGUUAACACCAGCCUCAUUCCCACGCAUCUCUGCCUCGGCCUGCAGAAGCUCAAGGCAACACGUCUGAUGCCAUUGCGGGCUAUGUCUUCUACAGAAACACAAUCCAACCCACCAUCAUUCCAGAGACGAUUGGCCACCUCAACGCCAGCGGGCCCGCAUCCAGCUCCUCCAUUGCUCGAGAAGCAACAUCCACGACCUGGCUGCCGCCCGAGGCAUGCCAAUUUGACCCUCUCCUUUCACUAUAUUGCAUACUAGCAAGAGUUCUGCGACUCGAGGCUGCCUGCUAGGACCAAUGCUCGAAAGAACGGCGGCGGCGAGUCUGGAAUCAUGCAACAUCCAGCGUAUUAUUCCGAAGCCGACCCGCUCGACGAAACGCUGUCGCCAGCUCCAUACAGGCUUCUGGCAGCACGGAGCGUCUGCCAUUGAGCUCUCCAGCAUCUGGCCUGCGAUUGGCCGGACUACCGAGCAGGAUCAGACCGAAAAUGCCAACCGCCCGCUACAAACUGGCUUGGUUGCUUCCGUCUUUCUGCUAGACUUCCUAUAUCCGAGCGCUACAUACUCUCUCCUGCGGCGAUUGUACCCGGGCCUGCCGCGACCUCAAGAUUCUAGUCGUGCGGGUGGCAAUGCUAGAAGGAGGCAUUUCACCUCCUCUACGGCCACUGCUGAGCAUGGCUCGACUGAUACCUCGGCCCCGCCAGGAAUAGAGGCUCUUUCUUCUAUGGGGGGGCGAGUAUAUCAGCGAGAUGAUGGAGCAUCAUCUCUGGCGAGAGACUCAUAUCAAUAUAGCACCCACUCAAAACCUGCCUCUUUAAGUGAAGCUUCGCAGCCUCCAGCUUCCAUAGACACACACCAUAUAUCUCGGGUGCAGUCAACUGUAGCGCACCUGGAAGAUAUGCUCUCACAUCAAAGCGAGGAGCGCUAUCACGACGUUUGGGACUUGUACUGCAGGCUAGAUGAACACGAUCAAUGGGACUUCCGCCGCACCAUGGUGUUAUAUCUCUCUAAAUCGCGCGGAAUAGUCGAGAUCGGGAGAGCUAUUUCGCUGUUUCGCCAAAUUGACAUUGACAACUGGGACGACGACCUCCUGGCCGCUGGUGUUCUGGCUUUCAUGCGAUCUGGCGACCUAGAGCAUGCUAUCAGUAGGCUGAAGGUUGGCCUGGAGCUGAAGGGUUUAGUGGGAGGCCUUGAGUACAUUCUGGCUGAUACCAUUGCCAAUGAAAAAUGGUCUAUGCUUAUAGGUGUAUGGCUAGAAUUCUACGCAUCUCGCCUCAAGUUUGAACCAGCCGACCGGCCUGAUGCCAUUCGCUUAGAACGGCUCGAACACGUGCCUGGCCUCGACAAGCUCUUCUUCUCCUUUGAGAAGUAUCUCUCGUCUAACGGUGCAAAGGCUGUUCGCCCCAUCAACAUCUAUGAGACGACAAGGCUGGGACUUUAUGCUCUGAGGCGAAAGAUGGCAGAGCUAGCACUGGCGCAGCCCUGUCAACCGAGGCAAGCGACUGCUAUUUUGAGUAUUUUUAAUGACCACCAAUUAUACGAGGAUUAUCUGGUUCGCGUGUUGAAGUCUUGGCAUGGCAAAUCCGAAUUGAAAUCCAACCUUACCUGGUUAUCCGAGCUAUAUAGAACAUACCGCAAGCUUCCAGGCGCUCAUCCGCCCAUCCCUUUGCUCCAGCAUAUGUUUGAAUUGCAUUAUCCGGCUGGGGCUACGAUACUGGAGGACAUUUACAAAGACUGGCAUCGUGCCUGGGGAGACUUGGACCAAUGGGGGUAUGAAAAAUUUCUCAAAUUUUAUGCUGGGGUGGGCGAUGUCCAAGCCGUCCAACGACUAUGGGGGCGGUAUGUUAGCAAAUACCCCCGCGUGCUGAAGAAACCUAGGGCUUUCAGGAGUACGAUGAAUGCUUAUGCGCAGGUUGGCGAUAUCACCAAAGCAGAAGCAGAGCUUCGACUCAUGACAGAUAAUCAUGGGGUCAAGCCUGACCUCGACAUUUGGAAUACAUUGCUAAAGUGCUAUAUGAGGGCGCAAGAUUACAACCGAGCGGUGGCUUGUUUCAGCGAGAUCUGCAAGAUGUAUCGGCCCGAUUCUUUUACGUAUGCUCAUAUCAUGGCCAUGUCUGCCAAAAAGGGUGACCUGGAAGCCACUCUCGGCUUUUUCAACCAAUCUCAAAAAGGUCGAGUUCCCGUAUCGAAGGAGAUGGCAAUGGCUCUAGUCAUGGCGUACUGCCGCAACGAUCGACUGAUGGAGGCGGAAAGGAUAUGCAUAGAACUGGCAGAGCGAAAUGCAACAAGCACCGCCAUCUGGAACCAGCUUAUUCAUUUCAAUGGCAUGCAAGGAAGACUUAGCAAGUGUUACGAGCUGCUUCAGGCCAUGAAGUCGUUCGACCUUGCAUGGGAUCAUCAGACUCACGAAUAUCUCCUUGAUGCUCUUGUAAGAGUGGAUCAAGUGCAGCCUGCCUAUCGCCUCUUGCGGACUGCCUACAAGGAGAAGCUGUUUCCAGUUGGUCCGGAACAUUUUGCCGUUGUCAUGGCUGGCGCUGUUCGUAUCGGUGACCUUGGACUGGUCGAGAUCCUGGCUUCGCAUCUUCUCAAGGCAGGACAAUCAAUGAAUUUCAACGCCAAAGUAGCGCUUGCCGAAGCUUCUUUUAAGAAGAAGCCAUCUUCUAGCCGAACGCGGCAGCUUGGUAAAGAAUUUGUCGGCCAUUUGCGCUCUCUGCUUGUCCACAAUGCCAGGGCUAGAGAUGCUCACACAGUCUCAACGCUUCCGAGUGAUAUUAGACACUUGAAGAAACAAACCAAGAGUAUUGGCCGCGCUAUCAAGCUUUUGGUCGACCUACGAGAUUUUACGACAGCCGAAGAGGUCAUGAGCUUGUACAGUGGCAUGUUCCCCAAGUAUAGAGGAGGCGAGCCCUUCCCCCCAGAAGUGGUGUCCGCACUCAUGCUAGGUUACUUUAAAGACAGGAAAUUCAGUCAGGUACAUAACAUGUGGAACCAGACCUGGAAGAGAGUCCUCGCUCGAGCACGGCACCGCCAGGCCACGGGCAUUUAUCCCGUCCACGAAUACGAUGUCUCCAGACCCAUGACGAUCUUAGCCAAGACGCUUAGAGAAGAGAACAAGGGAAAGGAACUGCUUGAAAUUGUUCAACAGGUUACGUCAGCUGGAUUCAAGUUGACUCGGAGCAAUUGGAAUCUUUUGAUUCGCUAUCUAGCCGAGAUGGGUCAAUGGGAACCUGCCAUGCGCUGGUGCGAGACCAUGCUGAUGCCGCGCUGGCGUGGAUGGAGUCCCAGGAAGAGAAGUCUCCAGGAACGCCGCCAUAUGAGAAACACGCGCGUGCUCCAGGCGUCUAAUGCGGCUGUCCUCAGCUUACAGCAGCAGUGGCUGAAGCUGCGCAAGUUGGCCGCCUGGUCGGCGAGCGUCUCUGCCAAACUGAGGGAGAUUGAGAGACAAUAUCCCCGCCUGCACUACGCCUUUACGAAUACUGACUUUGAACAUGUCUCGGGAGCAUUAGACGGUAACCGGAAGGCAAGUCUAAAGAAGAGCGCCACGGAGAUGUUGAGGCCAUUUUCGCAUAUAGAGUUGAAGGGCAUGAAGAAGGCGUUGGAAAGACAGCUUCGGUUACAGCAGAGUAAACGACUGAGACGACGACAGAGAAGCCCGCUGCGAACGGUGUCGAGCGAGUUGAAGAGACGAGUCAGGGGAGUGCGGAAGCCAGCGGGUAGAGCGGAGAGGAGGUCUCUUCAGUCUGCAAAGGAUGAUGGUGGUGAAAAAGACGAGUAAGGGAAAAGGCGUAGGCUAGCAGCGGCUUAGGUGCCUAUCUAUGCGCCGUUAAGAGCAUUAAGGGAGCAGCGUGGGCAAACAGAUACGUGGGAUAAAUCAUAUCAUCAUGUUGGAUUGAUGAACUUGGCAUAGAACAUUCUUUCUUUGGGCUGUAAAAUAGAGACGUAUGAGAUGUAUAUGUAUGAAUAGUAGCAAAACAUUACACGCAUGAAAUGACGAGUGUAUAUAGAAAUGGGAGGUUUCUGUGGCAUCAUCGG